GGAGCGCCUCGACAUGUCGGAGGCGGAGGCCGCUGUGCUGAAGCUGAUCUGCGCCAAUCACGGAUCGAUGAGCGUCGAUGAUCUGGAGGAGAGCGUCUGUGUGUUCAACGUGAGGCGGAUCAUCUCCAACCGGGAGAAGUUUGUGUGCUGCCGGUCCGGCGGGGAGCACAAGGUGGUGGCCAAGACGGAGCUGCGACUCUGCAAAGCCAAAGUGUGUCAGGGCUGCAACAACCUGCAUCUGUGCAGAAAGUUCCUGCUGGGAUCCUGCCCGUCCAGCCGCAGGAGGAGAGGAUGCCAGCUCCCCCAUCAGCUGAGGUCUGACCAUAACGUGCCGAUCCUUGUAGAGCACGGCCUGCAGGAGCUGGACCGGGCCGAGCUGUGCACGCUGCUGCUGCAGAACGACAACUUCCUGCUGCCGCCCAUUUGCUUUGACUACAACAAUGGCGGCGGGCAGUUUGGCUUGUGUAAGGACGGCGACGACUGCGACCGGCUCCACAUCUGUGAGCAACACCUGCAGGGAGACUGUUUCUGCUCCAAGGCUCAUGAUUUUGACGAGCCGCAGCCUUUAAAAGCCCUGCAGGCUCGGGGUGUUCCCAACCGGCUGCUUCACUCUCUGAAAUCUGUCUACAUCAACAAAGAGGCUCUGAGAGGCAACAGGGGCAACCCUCAACGGCAACCACGAGUCUUUUCCACCAGCGACGUCUGGGCUGCUGCGAGCUCCCGAGACGCUGGCAGUGAUGACGGACUGAACAAAAGACAAACGAGAGGAGCCAAGAAAAGCUCGGAGGAUGUGAAAGAGAUAUGCUUGUACUUCGUCAAGGGACACUGUAAAUAUGGUGAAAAGUGUCCUAGAGCCCACAACAAGCUGCCGUACAGAUGGGAGCUCAGACAGGGACAGCAGUGGAACGCUUUGCCUGACAGCGAGGAGAUUGAGAGGGACUACUGCAACCCUGAGAAAACAUACAGUAAUAACUUUCACCCCGUGUAUUUUGACACGAUGACCCGUGGAUCGAGCUCAGUACGGCGUCUGUCCACCGCUUCUUCGGUUCUGCAUCCGAACUUCGUCCUCACCACUGAGUGGCUCUGGUACUGGGAGGACGAGUCCGGGAACUGGAACCUGUACGCCUCUGCUACUGGCGGACACACAGCAGCCAGAAUCAGCAGUGCAGAGCUGGAGCAGAAGUACCUGAAUGAUGACAAGGGCACAAUGGAGUUCACCGCCGGGUCACAGAAGUACUCGCUCAGCUUCCAGGACAUGAUGCAGACAAAUAAAGAUUACCGCACAAAGCGGCGGGUGAGAAGACGACCUGCGUUUCUUGCCUCAGCUGAUUUGGAAACAGCAAAAGCGAGAAAGCCAAAUUACAGAGGAGUACCGGCACACUGGGACAAGACACAGGUUCCAGAGACAGGAUACAAGCGAGUCGCCCUCCAGAGAUCCUCAGAGGAGUUUAAGGAGAUUGAAGGUCUGUUCUGUAACACGAUGGCCGGCUUUGACAUUCUGCUGAUAGAGAGGAUUCAGAACAAAGCACUCUGGGAAUUCUUUGAGUGUCAAAAGAACUACAUGAAGAAGAACAACGGUGGGCGGGAUGCAACAGAAAAAAAGCUUUUCCACGGCACGGACUCACAACAUGUAGGCGCCAUCUGCCGCGACAACUUCGACUGGAGAAUCUGCGGGACCCAUGGAACCGUCUUUGGGAAAGGGAGUUACUUUGCCCGGGAUGCACGGUACUCACACGGCUACACCGGACAGUCUGAUGUUAAAUCUAUGUUUGUCUCACGGGUGCUGGUGGGGGACUUCACCCGAGGAUCCUCAAGCUACGUCCGAGCUCCACCCAAGGAUGGCGGUGACGUGCACUUCUACGACAGCUGUGUGGACAACGUCCGCAACCCCUCCAUCUUUGUCGUGUUCGAGAAGCACCAGAUCUACCCGGAGUAUCUGCUGCAGUACAAAGAAAAGACCUCGCAGUACUCCCAACAGCACUACAGCACAGCACCAGCAGCAGCAUCAGCACUGAAAUCAGUUCCUGCUCCUGUACAAAGACCUUCUGCCAGUAGUAGAAAAGUUCUUGCUCCUCCUCCCUCUCCUGUUGCACCAGCUCGUGCUCGUACCAUAAAAGUUCCUGCACCUGUCACAUCGAUUCCUGCUGCUGUCGCACCAGUUCCUGCUCCUGUCGCACGGGUCCCUGCCCAUGUUGCACCAGUUCCUGCUCCUCUUGCACCAGUUGCCUCUCCUUUCACACCACUUCCUGCCAUAAAAGUUCCUGCUCCUGUCACAUCAACUCCUGCUCCUGUCGCACCAGUUCCUGCCCCUGUUGCACCAGUUCCCUCUCCUUUCACACCACUUCCUGCUCAUACCAUAAAAGUUCCUGCUCCUGUCACAUCAACUCCUGCCCCUGUUGCACCAGUUCCCUUUCCUUUCACACCACUUCCUGCUCAUACCAUAAAAGUUCCUGCUCCUGUCACAUCAACUCCUGCUCUUGUCGCACUAGGUCCUGCCCCUGUGGGACCAGUUCCUGCUCCUGUCACACCAGCUCCUGCUUGCACUAUAAAAGUUCCUGCUCUUGUUGCACCAGUUCCUGCUUCUGUCACACCAGUUCCUGCUCUUGUCGCACCAGGUCCUGCCCCUGUGGGACCAGUUCCUGCUUCUGUCACACCAGCUCCUGCUCGUACCAUAAAAGUUCCUGCUCUUGUUGCACCAGUUCCUGCUUCUGUCGCACCAGUUCCUGCUCCUGUCGCACCAGCUCGUACCAGAAAAGUUCCUGCUUCUGUCAGACCAGUUCUCACCUAUAUCAGGCCAAGUCACGAUUCUGUCAGAGCAAUUCCCGUUUUUGUCCGAAAAGCUCCUGCUUCUGUCACACCGGAUCCUGUCACAAAGGAUCCCACUUCUGUCAGACCAGUUCUCACCUAUAUCAGACCAAGUCACGAUUCUGUCAGAGCAAUUCCCAUUUAUGUCAGAAAAGCUCCUGCUACUUCAGCAUCCUCAGCAAGCCAGAAUUCAAACAAACAGUCCAGCUGUGUCAUUGCUUAGGUAUCUGGUAUCUGGUGUUGGAUUAACUGCAAUGUGUGACAGAGUUUGAAUUACAUACAUGAGUUAGAGCCAGGUUUCGCAGUAAAUGUCCUUUUACUGAACCCCAGAAUGCCAUGGGUUGAGGUCAGAGUCUUACAGCACAAUAAUAAUUUUCUCUAAAGAGUUCUGAACCUCAUCUGACCCAACCUGUCUCGCACCCGAUCCGUAUCCACUAUCAAACACAUCGCUCCACAUUCUGUUAGAAGCAUUAUUUUUAAUUUUAGUUUCGCCAACCAUUGAAGCCACUGACGACAUCAUUCUCACAUCUGUAAUCAAGCAGAAUUUCUCCCACAUGCUUGACUGGGCCUUCAUGAAUGUAUUUGCAACAAUUCAAUGUUCAUCAUUUCAUCCUGAUGAUGAUGAUGAUGAUGAUGAUGGCUUUGAUCGCUUACUGUCCAUGUCAGUCAGGGCAGUGAUUCCUAUCUGGUUUGUUUGUUUGUUUUGUUUACUUUGUUUUUUGUCUCUUUCUGACCCAGCUGGAGGCUACUGAAGGAGCCAUGGUAAUGUAUCAAAAUCUAAAAAAAUAUAGGCAAUAACUUGGGAUGUUACAGAGAUUACCUGUUUUGUGCCAGUGCCAAGAUUUUAUGGUUGCACAGUUUUUCAUAGUAAUUGUAAUUACUGUGAUUGAAAUUUUAAUGGAAUUUAUGAGUUUACUGAAACUUCCAUAGACAGCUCUUAUUUUAUGACCCACAAGCAUUUCAGUUAAUAAAAAACAGUAUUAGUAAAUCUGAGUCCAAUUAAAUCAAAGCUUAAGACUUAUGACUGCCUAUUAUUAAAUUAAAUGUAAAUUUUGGAUUAAUAUGUGUUUUUUCUAUUGCUGUAUUGCUGUUCUGCAUUUUUACUUGUAUUUAAAUGUCUUGUUAUUGCCUUAUGUUGCUUUUCAAAUGAACUUGCCUUGCCAAACUCCAGUGAAGGAUGUGUAAUUCACUGUUAAUCUCUGGAUUUGCAGUUGUGGCCUUAAAAUAUCACCACCUUUCCUUGAUUGAAGUUCUAAUGAAUCUGAUCAGGACAUUUUGUGCAUCAUAAUACUGUUUAAUCAUCAUGUUCAAUAGUUAAAAUGAAGAAUGCAUCAUAGUCUGUUGUCAUAAGAGCUACUGCCUCAGUGCUCUCCGACCAGAAGGGGGCGACAACUCGCUGUACAACUCAGACUUGAAGGCAAGGCAAGGCAAGGCAAGUUUAUUUAUAUAGCACAAUUCAACACAAGGUAAUUCAAAGUGCUUUACAGAAACAUUAAAAGCAACAAGACACAAAUUAAAACAAUAAAAACAGUCAA